CGAAACAAGAGUGAUACAGAGGACAUGCCUAGGCCUAUAAUUCUUCCUCCUUUGGGAGGCUACAUACCCUUCAUCAACAUCCCCUGCGAACGUGACAUCGGAGAGUCAAUCAAGUGGGUGGUGGUGCUGUCGCUACUCCCCCUCAACUGUCAGUUGGUGCCCUGGCUCUGCUGUCCCUUGCCCAUUGAACCCAAAGACAGUGACUUCACCAUCAGCACUGACAUCACCUGCGACGAUCCUCGGGCUCCAGUAGGCGCAAUGAUCCACUGGGGGAUGGUGAUCGUGAGCAUCGUGGGUCUCAUUCUGGCCCUCUUCCAGGUUACAGAGUGCGCUCUCGUCCUCACCGGGGUCCUCAACCGCGAGAUCCCGACAACCAUAAUCCUGGAAAUCACGGAGCCGGCCGGCGAACCUGACCCGUUCACGACCUGGUUCGACAACUUGCAGACGUCUGUCACCGCUUUCCAGCAGAACUAUUUAAUUUACCCGUCAAAUUACAACGGCAACAAAACCCUGACCCUGACCAUUCCCCGGGACCAGCUUUCUUUUUCUAACGUUCUGUCACUACUCGCUGAUCCCAGCAUCCUAUUUCCACAAGGCAAAGCUGGUGAUGAACAACGCAAUCAAAUUGUACAGCUGAUGAGGAAUGCGUCACUACCUCUAGACCACAGACUUAAAGACACCGAGGCCGGCCAAAACUUGAGCAGUCAAGAAAUAGAUGCGCUUAUACGGAAGAUUCUACCAGAACCUGAAUACGUUGACGAUUACGAAUAUGUUGACGAAUUUCGCGCUGCCCGGGCGUUGGGAUCUAAGCCAGACAUCGACGUCCGCAACUCCAGCGCCCUCCUGCAACGCGUACGGCGGCAGGCGGUGUUGGAUGUGCCCAUACCCAUCCUGCGCUCAUUCUAUGCAGGAACGGAUGCGGUGAGAAUAGAUGGUUGUUCCCGCAACGAAGUGCGGAUUUCGGAAGACGACGAUAACGACGACGGUGACAAGACUGGUAACCAAGACGACGAUGAUGACUGCUACGAGGUGCUCAGUCGCGGUCCCUGCGACAAAACCGAGAUCGUCCUCGUCAACCCCACCACGAAGAAGGGCUUCUGCGGGGAGCGGCUGUGUUCCCCUGACCGCGUGUUCCUCUUCAAUGACCAGAAGUGCCACGACCCUCACGAGAUCGGCCUGUGCCCCUCUGGACGUCAGCUGUUCUCGUCUGGGUUCGGCACGCCGGUGUGUGGGUGCGAGGAUGGCUUCUAUGAGCUCGAGGUGGAUGAUGAUGACGAGGAGUGCCAUCCGCUGCUCACUGAGAUCCCGCGGUGCCCGCCCGGCAAGGUGUUUUGGUUCUCUUCGUUCGGCCGACCACCGCACUGCCUGCCUGACCCUUGCGACGGCCUCAACCUCAACAGGCGUCACUCGGAGCUGCCCUUCGCCCCAGCCCUCGCUGACGGCAAAUGCUACCAGAUUGGAUCCCAACCGGACAUCUGUCGCUCAGACCAAUACUUCUCGCUGAAUUUGCCACUCCUGAAGGGCGUGUGUGAGACGCUAGAGGGAGCAGGCUACGUCACCCUGAACUCGGAGUACGCGGAACUCUUCCGCAAAACUUACGGUCCUCCGCUGUCCAAAGACUCGCCUGUCACACCGCUGCCCAUACACCACAAACACCACAAGUCCACCUGGCGCACAAAUCAAGCACCACGGCCAGCCAUUGGCGCUCCCGUUGUGCCUCCCGUCGGUGGCUUCGACAGAGGCAGACGACCGCUGUCCAUCGGCCAGCCUGUGGUGUCUUUGUGGUCUAGUGGACAGUGGCCACAAGGCUGGGCACUCAAGCCCACUCAUGUCAACUCACACUCCCCACCUUAUAUCUCUGUUAAUGGCAAUGUCACCAUUAACGUCUUUUCCGGUGCGACCGUUCACGUGGACCAGGAUCAGGCAAAGGUGUUGCAUUUCCCUCAUUCCAAGUCUGGAGGCGUUGCCACACAUCAACGGCUCAUCAAAGUCCCCGACGAUAAAACGUUACCCUCCUCCAAAUUAUCACGAGAGGAAGCAGAGGUUCUGCAGGUACCUGAAUCUUCGUCUCAUGGCCAAAAAGCUGAUCACUUUUCGGACGGUCAGCAAUCUAGAGGAAAAUCCCUCGAUGCCUCUCCUCAUAGCGAGAUCCUUCACGAUCAGCUGCCUGCGUUUUCUGCAGUUCCAGUGUUUCCUCCUGCCUUGCCAUCGUCGUCUCCUCCGUCGUUUUCAACGUCAUCAUUGUCUCCUCCGUCGUUUUCAACGUCAUCAUUGCCUUCUGCGUCGUUUUCAACGUCAUCAUUGUCUCCUCCGUCGUUUUCAACGUCAUCAUUGUCUUCUGCGUCGUUUUCAUCACCAUCGUCGUCACCGUCGGUCAGGCGAGGUCUCCUCAUCAAACGCGAUAAAAGAUCGCCGCUGCCGCACGCGUCGCCGAGCAACGUCUUCGAGUCUGCACUGACCGUCUGCAAGGCGGGGGCAGCCAGAGACAUCAACCAGAAGUGCAGAGACACCAUUUUGCCGAGCCGGGAGGCGCACUCGCGCCCUCGCCGCACCACGCAGCCUGUCAGCGCCUCGCCCGACUGUCCUGCGCUGAGUCUCUGCUGCCACCCAAUUCCUGUCAGCUGA